UUUUUGUGAAAAGGAUGAGGUGGCAUGUGGGUAUUGGUGCUAAUUUUUCAAUUGUAGAUGAUCUUUGGAUCCCUAACAAUGGGAAUUUUAAGCCAAUUUAGGUUCAUGAUAAAGUAAAAAACAAAAAUAUUCUGUUUCUCCUUUCUUCGAUAGGCUUCUAUAAUGAAAAACUGAGUAGGGAGUUGUUUCUUCCCCAAGAUGCAGUUGACAUCCUCUCUAUCUUAAUUGAGCAUAGAGAGAUUGAAGAUGGGGUGUUUUUGAGCUUCCAAAAAAAAAGGCUUUUUUUUUUUUAUGAAAAAUGCUUAUCAUUCGGGAAUUAAGCUGAAAGCUGAUUCCCUCCCCUCUUCCUUUGUAUCAAGGGCUUCAAAGACCUGGGGUCCUUUGUGGGGUGUCGAGGCAAGGCCAAAAUCAAAAUAUUCUAUUGGAGAACUUUUAAUGAUCUUAUUCCCACCAUUUGUAAUUUGCAAGCUAAAUGCAUUAUUUCUAACUCCCUUUGUUUUUGUUUUUGUUUUUGUUUUUUUGUUUUUUUUUUUUUUUUUUUUUGUAGAUCUCAGUUGGAGUCAACAUGUAAUGUCAUGUGGGAAUGUAAGUUUUCAAAAAAAAACAUUGGGACCUUUUCCUGCCCUCUUAUGUUAGCUCGUUUGAUUUUGGCUAAGGUAGAAUGGACGCUUUUUAAGUAUUGAGAUUAAUUGAGGGGUGUGUGAUCUGGAGAUGACCUAGAUUGUGCUUUAAUUAUUAUUUGGAACUCAUGGAAUCCAAAAAACGGGGUCUCCUUCAAGAACAAGGUGUUGAACAUUAAUUCUCUCUAGAUUAAGAUAUCUUUCAUGUUGAUGACCAUUGUGUUUGUUUCAAAUGGAGGCACUGUUGCUUCUUCUAGCAUGCCUUCUCUUAUCUCGUUUUGGUCCUCACUAUCGGCUGAACGAUGGAAGCUAAAUACUAAUGUUGCUUGGUCGAUGGAGAGCAGCCAUGAUGGACUUGGUUGGAUUGUUUGUGAUCAUGCGGGUAAGAUGAUUUUUGGUGGUUGUAAAUUCAUUUGGAGGGUAGGAGUGUGAACUUGUUGGAAGCCAAAGCGAUCUAGGAGGGCUCAUUUGUGAUUAAUGGUGGCUGGUAACAACCUUCCCAUUGAGGUGAAGUCUAAUUGGUUAGAAGUCAUUAAUCUUCUCAAUAGUUAGGAGGUUUCUUUAGUUGAAAUUGGGACCCUUAUCGAGGACGUUUUUUAUUGGAAAAUCAGUUAGUAUUGUAUAUGUUUGUCACGUCUCUCGAGAGGUGAACUUUUCUGCCCAUCCUAAAUAUGUUUUACCAGAUUGUGUUUUCCCUUGCUGCCUGUUUAAGAGUUAUGGGAGAGUGAGUCGAGAUGUUUGUUGGUUGUUUUUUUCCCCCCCUAAAAAAUAAAUAAAAUAAAAACUCAAGCUUUUUAUUUUUUAUAUAAAUAUCGAGUGAUUCCUCUCUCUCGUACUCUGCAACUCCAAGAAGAAAAAGUGAUUUCUUCAACAGCCUUUGUUAAUUCCUCUUCUCGCAAACAUUCUCUGCGGAAAGAAUUCUCCCUUUAACAAUACGUUCUUGUAGUUCUUCAAUUCUUUCAUUUAAUUUCUUUUAUCACUCUUUGCAGAAAUUGUUUCCGUUUCCGUUUCCGACUCCGAUAUUUUCCCCACAAAAAUUACACCUGAAUCCGCUAACCCACUGAUCUCAAUUCCUUAAUGAAUCUUUCUUUUCCUUCAAUCUUCAUCUAUCUGAUCAAGAUUUUUAUUCCGUUUCCGAAUUGAUGUUCCUUACUCCACCAGAGUAUCACUGAUUUCGCUGUAUAUAGAUAUAUAUAUAUCGGUUUCUCCCCUUUCUUUCUUCCAUCCAUUGACAAGAACGAAGUCUGAAGAAGAAUCAAUCGACGCCAUGAAGAAGAUCCAUCCAGUGUCGAACAGGCAGAAUAUCACUGUUCAAUACAAUUCAAAUGGUCGCAACUCCCUCUCUCGUGCUCAAUCGCUUCUAGGUUUAAACCCUAAGAAACUACGGCGGUUACCCCAUGUUUUCAGCCGGGUUUUGGAACUUCCAUUUAGGUCCGAUGCCGAUGUUUCGAUUGUCGAAAACUCUAAUUGCUUCCGAUUCGUUGCGGAAACUGAUGGAAUUACCGAGGAAUUUAGAGCGCAUACGGUUCAAAUCCAUCCUGGGGUUAUCAAAGUUGUGGUUAGACAAAUUGGGGAUCUGGAAUCGACGUUAGAUGAACUGGAGAUCGACAUGUGGAGAUUUCGACUGCCGGAGACGACUCUGCCGGAGCUCGCAACCGCUGCGUUCGAUGGCGGGAAACUCAUCGUGACGGUUCCAAAGAGUGAGGACGCCGGAGAAGGUGCGUGGGGGGAUAACAAUGGGGGUUUUAGAGGAGGCCAUUUAGUAGUUGUACAGUAAAUAGAAUCUUUCUGUUGCCAUUUUCCAUUUAUUGAGCAUUUUAAUGAAAUUUGUGUUCACUUUCUUCUGGGUUGAAUUGAUUGUUCUGAUUUU